UUUCCUUUUCUCUUUUAGUUAAAAAAGCUCUUCAUUGUAUUAUUCUAAUAGUGCACAAAUAUAUGCCUAGUUGUAUUUAGUUUUAAUUAAUUUAGACCUUUCUCAAAUCUGUCUAUUAGAAGUCCGUUUUGGGGACAAUGUAUGUACAUACUUUGCUUUUAAACUGUGCCAAAAAAAAAUAAAGUAGAUUCGAUUUCCUAAAUAGUUUCUUAUCUUCACUGUGGAUGUGGAAGGCGUGUGUAACUACAUUACCCAGAAGUCUCUGGUUUAAAGGUGGCGCUUUGAGCAUCGUAAACGUGAUAAUCAAUCAGCAAGAGCGCUGUAAAACCUGCAGGAUUAGAGAGGCGGACUUUAACAUCACUCACCAGCUCUAAUGUACAUGAUCAUAAAGUCAGCAGAGCAUUAAUAACUCUAGGCCAGAGUUUUAUGGCUUUAUCUUGUAUAAGUGAUAGUUUGUUCGUUUGCUCGCUUUGUGCUGUCCAGAGGAAAUCACUUCAGUUUCUCAAAGCCCCGCGUUUGUUUGUGAAGAGAAAAGUGUGGAAAUAAGGAUGGCGGUGUCUAAAUCUACAUUAUCAAUCGUUUUUAUAGUUCUGGGGGGGUUGGCGGUUUUAUUCGGGACUGUUUUGGUGUUUGUCGGACCAAUUAUAAUAGACGAUCAAAUAGUCAAGAAUAUAGAGAUUAACCCGAACAGCGGACUCUCCUACACUAUGUGGAAGGACAUCCCAGUCCCCUUCUUUAUGUCUGUAUAUUUCUUUCAUAUUGUCAAUCCUAAUGAAACCCUAAAUGGAGAAAAGCCCAUGGUGGAACAGAGGGGACCAUAUGUUUACAGUGAAAACCGCUGGAAGGACAACAUCACAUUCCAUGACAAUCACACCGUCUCGUAUAUGGAAUAUCGGCAGUAUUUCUUUGAGGAGAGCAUGUCUGUGGGAAAUGAAUCCGAUGUGGUCACCAUCCCUAACAUGCUAGUGCUGGGCGCUUCAGUAAUGAUGGAGAACAUGCCCUUACCUUUACGCAAGCUGGUCAGCAGCACAUUCAAGAGCUUCAACGAGGGACCCUUCUUGACCAAGCCAGUUGGAGAACUCAUGUGGGGCUACGACAGCAAGUUGGUGGACUUCCUGAACAAUUUGCUCCCUGGAAUGCUCCCGACCAGCGGGAAGUUUGGCCUGUUUGCUGAGUUUAACAACUCAAACACUGGACAGUUCACUGUCUUCACUGGUCGAGACGACAUCCGGAAAGUUCAUAUGGUGGAUUCUUGGAAUGGCCUGAAAAGUGUGGAUUACUGGAGUUCUGAACAGUGUAACAUGAUCAAUGGCACAGCGGGACAAAUGUGGCCUCCGUUCAUGACUAAAGAGUCGACGAUGCCCUUCUACAGCCCUGAUGCGUGCAGGUCCAUGGAGCUGGUGUAUCAAAGGACAGGUGUGUCCCGCGGGAUUCCCGUGUACCGCUUCGUGGCCCCAAAAACCCUUUUUUCCAACGGUUCAGAUUAUUCUCCCAAUGAGGGCUUCUGUCCGUGUCGACAGUCCGGCCUUCUCAACGUCAGCACCUGCAGAUACAAUUCCCCUGUGUUCAUGUCCCAUCCGCACUUUUUUGAGGCUGAUCCCGUCCUUUUGGACACUGUCGAUGGAUUGAGCCCGAAUGAAGAUGAACAUGGGCUCUUCAUCGAUAUCCACCCGGAGACUGGAGUGCCAAUGAAUGUUUCGAUUCGGCUGCAGCUCAAUCUGCUCAUCAAGAGUGUGCCUGGCAUCACAGAAACAGGAGAUAUAGCUGAAGUGGUGAUACCACUGAUCUGGUUUGAAGAGAGCGGCUACAUUGAUGGUCCCGUUCUCAACACGUUCCGCACCAAUCUGGUGGUGCUGCCCAUGGUCUUGGAGUACAUGCAGUACAUCUUCAUCGGUCUCGGACUUGCAGGCAUUUUGGGGGCCGUGGUGUUAUAUGUCAGUGACAAGCAGGUAAAAAGUAGGAUGGUUGGUCAGCGCUGCACAGAUGUGUAUCCGUCCAGCUCAGUCAGUGAAAAGACCCCAUUACUUCAGAGCCCAACGAGAUAAGGCCAUUAUCCACAUCACAGCCUACUUUCAUAAUAACCUUACAAUCCACUGGACAACAAAUAACACUGUCUUUUAACAUUGGGGUUGAAUGAAUGAACUGGUACAGUACAGUAAAGACUAUUCUGUGUGAUGAAGGGAAUUUGAUGUGGAUUAUGAAGUAUGGGUAAGGCCGUUUUAUUUGUGUGCUUUUGUUUGGGUCUAAAGUGUUGUGCGGGGUCAGUACAAAAUAUUUAAAGGUUAGUUUUUUUGACACUUUCAAUUGUAAUCAUUGACAAAAUAUACUAGGCAUUGAAUUUCAAAUGGUGCGUUUAUAAAACAAAAAAGGUACAUGACUAACGUUCCAAUAACUCCAAAACGGGGGAAAAAACACAGUUUGAAGUUAUUCAACCUUUAUCCUUUAAGGGUGUGCCAUAAACACCUUGUGACGGAAACGUGCCAUUGACAGAAACGUCUCCUAAAAAGCAGAGGGGGGGGGUUAAAAAUGCUGUGCUAACAUGCAUUUCUCAAUGCACGUUUCCUGUAUUCUGUCUGUAAAAGCAUCUGUAUGUAAUGGAUGUAAAAUGUGUUGUUUGCAUUCUCUUGAUUGCUGUUCAUUAUGAAGUUAAAUGGCCUAAUUUUAAAUGUUUUCUUUUUUUUUUUUUUUUUACUUUAUCAGCAAUAGCUUUCAAUUUCAUGUUGUUAAACCUGGCCUGGACAAAUGUCUUUAUAACUCUGGCUGCAAAGUGCAAACAAUACAUGGUCACGAGUCCAUGAUGCAUUUUAUUACUCAUUAAAUAAUACUGUUAAGGUCUAUAAAAAGCUGUACAUAUAUGAGAUAACUUGUCUUAUCAAAUAGUAUUGUGUUGUCCUUUGAAUGAAAACAUGGAGGUGUUAUCUCACACCAAAGUCAUGGGAUACAAGUAUAUGCAUGCUAAAAUUUAAAUGAAACCCUUUCCGCUAAUAAGUUUUAUUAAGCUAACUUGUCUCACUGAUUUAGGCCUGUACUUUAUAAUUUUUAAUGGCAAAAAUGAUCAUCAGAAUCAAUUUUCUUUAUUUUGUAUAAUAUGGAAUCAUGUUGUCCAGGCACCUUUGUUUUAUUGAAAAUCAACAUGAAGGCAGCACAGCAAAUAGUAUUAUUUUUCAGUUUUUGUAUUUUACAAUUAAAACUCAUUAUUCCUAUUGCAUAAACGCGAGUGAGGUUCUUCUUCCCGCCGCGAGAUGGCAGCGCGCGACAAACAGUACACUUUAUGUUGAGCUGAAUCUUUGCACUUGUUGCUUAUCAUUUGACUUUGUUGGUUCUUUUUGAACACCAUUUAAAGCUCGCAGAACAGAAGAAAUACAAAAGUCCUGGCAAAUGUGUGGCUGCAUUUAUGUUGAAGAAUCAAAGAGAGGCCGGUGUUGACGUGAGUUUUUACAUUGUGUUAAACAAUAUUACAUAAUUACAACGCAAAAUGGUUUGAUCAGAUUAAAAGUCUUUGUUUGGGGUCCCAGAGAACGCUAAGAUAUACUUUGUAAUUUCACAAUGAUUUUUUUUUCAUCAAUUCCUUUAAUAUUAGCUAUGUUUUUCUAACCUAUACGUGUAAGAAUAACUUAAAUUGAUAAUAUAUUUUUUUAAACAUUUACUGGACUGAAUCAACUUACUGUAGGUUUACGUAAAACGUUUUUUUUUUUAUAUAUAUAUAAAUAAUGUUAAAAUGUGAGUAUCAAAUAAGAUCAUCUCUUAAUGUUCAUUGUGUUGCUCUGUAUUAUAUAUUUUGGCCUCACUAUAAAAACUACAGAGCUUUAUCAUUAAACUAAGCUUUUAAAUAUUGUCUUAAGUCAUUAUUGAGAACUUUAGAUUUGCAACUCAUAUUUUAUAUGCCUUUUGUGUAAGAAGUCUGCUAUAUUGUCAUAAAUGUUUUUACUGAAGCCAUAAUGUGACAAUUUCAUGUCACUUUUUGAGCAUAUAAAUAUCAGUAACUGCACCAAAUUCCAUGCUUUGUUUUGCUAAGUUGACAAAAUAGUAAUUUAGCAGAUAUCUUUUUUUAUUAUUAAUCUAUUUGGCCAUCUAUGUGUCAAUUUUUAAACAAACAAGUGAGAGAGUCCCUCCCCUAAUUCCACCUGCCAUCUCACAACACAAACAACACAAAAUAAUGUUAUUAUUUGCACGGAUGACUUUUAAAGCAAGUUCAAAUUUGGUUUAGAAUCAGUUCUUAUAAGAUCAGCAAAAGUAGUUAAGUGUCAACGUGAUGUGUCCGCUUUAUGUAUGUGUUUUGAGGUAUCUAAAGGUCCUUGGGGUCUCCCAGAUCCCAAACAGAACAUGAGGGUUAACA